AUGGGAGCUUGUUGCCUUUGUUCUCUCCACCCCUACUCCCCUCCACCCCCAGUGUCCAGGCAUACCUUCUGGCAGGGCUGGCGGGAAAAGAGCCCACAAAAAUCUCCACCCGAACCUCAGCCACUGAGUCCAGAGGAAAUGCUCCAGGACAAGCAAACUACCUGCUCAAGGGUCUCUGAGGUGAAGUCCAUGCUGCAGGAGCUCCUGGACUCCACCAUGUUCAAUAAGGGGGAGGUCAGGGCUAUCAGGUACAUGUCCGCCGUGGUGGAAAACCUCAACAAGGCCUUGAUACUCCAGCAUAAGGAGAAUAGGACCCUGGAGACCAAAUAUAGGUACAUGAAAAUAGAGAUGUCCAAAGAGCUCAGCAGCCAGAGGCUGUACUUCCAGAAGUCUCUCAAAAUCCUUGAGAACAAGAGGGAUGCCCUCCUGAAACAGGUAGAAAUUAUAGGGGGAAAGUACCACGACCUUCUCCUGAUUAAGCAUGCUUUAGAGUUCCAGCUGAAGAAAAUUCAGAGUGCUAGAGGUCAAGAAGAAGACUCGGUCAAGACUUUUGUUGACACCCCAGAUCCCCCUGAGAAAGAGACCCUUCCAAAGAAAGAAACAGUCAUGGAGCUCCCAACAAGAGUCUUGGUCCCUCAGCAGGAGCCCAAGAAGGAGGAGCAGUUGUUUUUACCACAUUCUCCAAGUCCCAUAGCUACGGCCUGGGACAGUGAUGGUACACCUUCAGCAUAUCAGCCACUUUCCAUCAUGGCAACACAUACGAGGAUUGCAGAUGUGUACCGCAGCAAGGACAUCGAAAGCCUCCCACCUGCAUUGCCACCCUCAGUGGAUUACAAGUUUCCUAAGACAUGGGAAAGACUGGUGGCAAUAAGGCCAGGUCACAAAGAUGAAGACCAGGAGGACCUCUUUCAGGAAGAAGCCCAGGAGAAGGGAGAACUCCGAGUUAAGUUCUAUUUUAGGAAGCAGCAGUCCCCAGAGAGCUCCAGGAAUGAGUCUUCAGAGAGCGAGGAGGGGCGCUGGGAGGAGGAACUCAGCUGGCAGAAGAGGAGGCAGCAGUGGCUGGAGGAGGAGGAGAUGUGGCUGCAGCGGCAGAAAAAGUGGUCCCUGCUGGAGCAGGAGCACCAGGAGAAGUUGCGGCAGUGGGAGAUGGAGGAGACGGUGAGGGAGCAGCGACAGAGAUUCCUUCAGCCAGAGAAGGAGCAAGAGAUCCCAAGGAGGGAGCCAGAGAAGCCAAGGGAGGACACAGAGAGGAUGAUCUUCAUGCCUACCAGUCGAUGCAGGGAAUUGGAGAAGGCAGAACCAUCACUGGCGCCUCCUCCAAGCCGAGUCCAAUCUGCUCGCCAAGGCAGGAGAUCAUACUUGCCCAGGUCCCCCAGUAUCCAGCAGUCUGCCCCAGGAAGCCAGAGGACCAUGAGUUCAGCAGAGCCUGCCCUCAAACCACGGACGCCUCGGCUUCCCACAAAGCCCAAGAAAUCAUCCUCCUUUCCUGUCACUGGGACAUCCAUCCGAAAGGUGACACGGCCCUUUUUGCAGACAUCCUUGGUAUCUCCUAAGGAGAAGGUGUACCGGAUGGACAUGGAGGCCCAGAGGAAGAACCUAGAGAUCCUGAGUAAGGAGGCUGAGUUGGGGCUGCCCCACUACCUGCGCAACAAAGCCUUAGAGCUCACCACUACCACCAUGGAGCUGAACUCGCUCAGGCUGCAGUACCUAUGCCAUAAGUACAUCACCUACAGACGCUUUCAGAGGCUCCGACAAGAAGUGAUCGACCACAUUCAAGUCAUGAGAAUAACUGGGGCUACCUAUAAGGCCCAGAGCCUCUAUGUCUUCCUGGAAAACACUGACCACCUUCAGAACCUCAGGCUGCAGACCUGGACAAAAAAACAGAAGGACCUGGAGGAGAAGCGCCGAGAGUGUCUGAGCAGCAUGGUGACCAUAUUCCCCAAGCUCCAGCUAGAGUGGAACGUUCACCUAAACACCCCUGUGGUCACCUCCCCAAAGCCAAGGAAAAGCAAGUCGCCCCCAGCCUUCCCCCGGCGCAUCCAUUCCAGUGGCCCCUCCUGCAAGCAGCCCCUGGAGCACUUUACAUCCAAGCAGCGGGAAUGUGUGCCCCUGAGGAUGGCCCGCCAACAGGGGAGUCAGAUGGAGGCCGUCUGGAAGACUGAUGUGGCCUCAUCCAGCCACCCAAUAGAAAAGAAGACUCCCCCAAGCCUACAGUGGGACCAGCUAGGGGGGUACCCCGACAUUCCCCGGCUGUUGGCACUGGAUGUGCAUUCCUCCUACCACAAAAGCUUGAUGUCCCUCAAGACCUGGUGCCUAGUGGCUAAGCCUGCUCUGGUGAUGGAGGACUUCGACUCUCUGGACAUCCUCUAG